CAGGCUACAAUAUAAGGUGUCUGGCGGUCCGCUGUGGGAGAAUCAUCCACUGAUCACUGUUCACUUCUGGGAUACUGGAGAUCCAUUCUUUCUAGUCUUUCUUUUAUUUCCAAUCCUCUUCGAUUCGAUUCGUCGCGCUGUGCGCUUUUACACUUAACUCAGAAUGCGUUACCAGACCUCUAUCCUGGCGCUAGCCGCUGUCUUCUCCUCCGUUCAGGCUCAUGGAACCAUCGAGUCAGCCAUUGGCGAGUCCGGUGAGAGCAAGGGGUUCAAAGUCGACGACUCCCUUGCUCGUAACUGUACUGGCAUCAGCCCGUGCCAGCAGGACACCACUAUCAUCAGAGACAGCGAGAUCACGCAGAACAUUGUCAACUCUUGCGGCCGAACAGAGAUCGAUGGCAACAUCGACGUUGGGGGUGAGACCGAGAAGGCCAUCGCAGCCAAAAAAGUGACGACUGUCAAGAAGGGCUCGCAGCUCGCUGUCACCAUCCACCAAGUCAAUGCCGAUGGCGCCGGCCCUUACGAGUGCGAUCUCGACGUGACCAGCAACGCAGCGACCAGCUUCGUCAAGCUUCAAGUCACCAACAACGUUCCCGGCGUAAACGGCCUCUCUCAAGCCGAGGCCACCAACUUCACUAUCAACGUGCAGAUGCCUGAUGACUUCAACUGCGUUGGCGCCUCCACAGGUAACAUCUGCACUGUUCGAUGCCGCAACACUGCUGUCGCCGGCCCCUUUGGUGGCUGCUUCCCGGUUCAGCAAACCGAUGGAACAGGCCGCGCCAAUAACCAAACUGCUGGUUCCAUCACCACCGCCCAGACCCUUGAUGGCAUCAACAAGCAGAUUGCCCAGAACAAGAAGGAUCUCCCUGUUGCCAUUGCCGCUAUCGCUGCCGCUGGCGCGGUUGCCGGCAAUGCUGAUGCUAGCCGUGUCUCCGCUCUCGUCCCUGCUGCGAGCCAGACUGCUGCCGCCGGUGCGGGUACUGGAAACGCCGCGAAUGGCAACACUGGCAACGCCAACACUGGAAACGGGAAAAACGGCAAUGGGAACGGCCGUAACCGGGGCAAUGGCAAUGGUAACGCCGCCAACGCUGCGAAUGGUAAUGCUGCGAAUGGCAAUGGUAACGCCGCCAACGCUGCGAAUGGCAAUGCUGCGAAUGGCAACGGUCAAGCGGCGACUGGCAACGGCCGCAACAGGAACAACAACAGACGCGAUAGGAGCCGCAAGUUCCUUUCUCGCUUCAUCAACCCCAAUGCCAUGGCUUAAAUGCCAAGGUCCAUCGCUACACUGAAUCAUCCUUCAUAAUUGUAA